CAAACUGCAAGUGAAGGCAGCUAGUUGUACAAUUUGCACAACAGUGUCUAAAAUUUUGUUCAGAAUGGAGGUUUUGAUUGAGAGUUACUUUAACAUGCACUAUUAUGGUUAUGGAUUCAGAUAUUAUGAAUCUGACAGUGAAUCGGAUAGUGUUGAAACAGAUGAAGAUGAUGAUGAAGAGGACAUUUGUCGAGAAUUUCCAUUUGACGACGAUGUAUUCUAUUUCAAUAUCAAAGCUCCAAGAGCGAAGACUGGUUGGGAAAAUUUACCAAUGGAGAUACUGAUCCACAUAUUCAGUUUUAUCAGACCUACUGAUCGUAAUUCCGCAUCACUCACUUGUCAUCGAUGGUUUGAAGCGCUGCGUCACCCACUAUUCCUAAACGAUACCUGCUUUCACUUCGAAAAUAUCGAUGUUAACGAUAACAUUUCACCCAUUCAUGUGUUCCUAGACAGCUUCCGACAUUUCACUAACAUUAAAUUGACGAAAGUUAAAUUUAGUGGGCAGACGGCUUUCUGGAACUACUUUGGAAUGCACAUACGGGAGAUAACAUUCUACAAUUGUGCUCUCACCAAACCGAAACUGUCGAAAAUUUUGGAUGCGAUGCCAAAUCUAGAACGUUUAAAUAUAGUCAAUUGUGACGAAUUAUUUAUUAGUUGGCACCCCGUAAUCUUAGCUGACGUUUCACCAAUAUGUGAGCGUCUUAAGCACCUUGGCUUGCGCAAAAACAAUGCUUUCAAUGAAGAUCAUCUGGACUACUUGGUUGCAAUGGCUCCGAGAAUAUGUUCACUGGAGAUUUCCAAGUGUCUUAAAGAGCAAGACGCAGGAAAACGAGUCCGGAUUCUGUGCCACAUAUUAGAAAUUCUUAAACUACACAAACACCAGAUGAAAUCAGUCAAUUUCAGCUACACCAUGUACGAUGAUCUAUUUUUGAAACAGUUCGCCGAGAUCGAGAACAUGGCACUGAGCAACAUAAGUUUAUCGUUUUUUGAUAGAGCUCCCAUCAAAGAUCCUAGCAUCAUCGAAGUUCUGCGAAAGCACACCAAUCUAAUUCAUCUGGAUUUGACCUCUUUUCUCAAUCUAACAGACUUUGCCUUGAUUGAGAUUGCUCGCUCGAUGCCUUUGCUGAAAACAUUGAAGCUAAAUGGCUGUUGGCUUUUAACUGAUUUCGGAAUUUCGGAGGUCAGGAAGCUCAGGAACCUAGUAAUACUGGAUUUGUCUGAUUGUGAUCGCGUUACCGACGAGGGUUUUAUUAAGGCAAUUGUGGACAUACACAGAACGAACCUAAAGGAGCUUUAUUUGAGCAUGCUACCUAGAAUAUCGGAGACAGUAAUUCUGAAAAUUUGCCUUACGCUGUUCAAUCUGACUGUGCUUGAUUUCUGUGGGUCGGAUUGCAUCAAUGAUACCUCGAUACAGUAUGUGUUUUGCUACCUAAAAUUUGUUCGGGUUCUUCGACUAAAUGGAUGUGUAAAGAUUUCAGAUGCAGGUCUAACGGGAGUCGAUCUUCAGCGCGUGGCAAUUGAAAUCUGGAACCAGCAACAAACGUUUUCAAUUGACAUGCUACGAGGACUCCAGGAACUGCAAAUUUCCGGCUGUUCCAAAGUUACCGAUAUUGCACUGAUGCAAGCAUUCAAAUUGGUGGAGCUCAGGGAAAUAAAUCUGUCUCAUUGUGUUCAUAUCACAGAAACAGGCAUCGAAGCUAUAGCAUCAAGCUGUCCAUCACUAGAAGUCAUCGAUCUAAGUGAUUGCUACCACAUAAACGAUCGCUGUAUCGAUCUGCUUUGUAAACACCUUUGUCGACUUACCAGUUUGAAGUUAAUAAGACUGUCUUUAUUAACCAUAGACAGUAUCAACUCUAUUCUUACUCAUUGCAAACGACUUAAAAACAUUUACCUUCGCGGUUGCAACAAAUUGCCAUACAAUACAACAGAUCUAUUAGCCAAAUUAAAAACUUUGCGAAAUUUGUCAAAGUUUUAG